UUAUUCAUUCAUUCACCAUUUGUGUGUGUGUGUGUGUGUGGUUGCUCUUGUAUUGAACACAUCAUCAUUCGAUUCGAUCGUUGGCUUACUGGCUGUUCCUGUGAUUUACCAUUUUUGGAUUGGUUCGCUUCAACCUUUCUGGAUUGUUUUUUAUUUUGUCAACGAAAACAAAUACAAAAAACACAAUGGCUGAUUAUUUAACCGAUUGGGAUAAAGAUGUAGAAAAUCCGGCUGUUGAUCGUAUGGAAUUGUAUAAUAAAUUAUUGACACAUUUCAAUGAACAAGGACAAACAGAUGCCGAAAAAUGUUGGCGUCUAGUAGUCAUUUGUUUGAUAUUAUCGGAUUUACAAUUGAAAAAUAAAAAUAAAUCUGAAGCAAAAAAAUGGGAAGAAGAAGCAUUUAAAUAUGCUAAAAAGGCCGUAGAAUUGGAUCCAAAAUCGAUGAAUGUUCAUAAAUGGUAUUGUGCUGCCGUUGGACGAAUGGCACCACAUGUUAGCACAAAAGAACGUAUUCAAAUGGGACAUCAAUUCAAAGAACAUCGUGAUAUUGCCGUUUCCAUUGAUAAUAAUGAUCAAUUAAUGCAUCAUAUGUAUGGACGUUGGUGUUGGGAAGUGGCCAAUCUUUCAUUUAUGGAACGACAAAUUGCCAAAGCAUUUUUCGGUACACCACCUGAAGCAACAUAUGAUGAUGCAUUGGAUUCAUUGAAAAUGGCCGAUAAAUUAAAACAUGAUUGGAAAAUGAAUCAUUUGUGGAUGGCAAAAGUAUUGAUUUCGAUGAAAAAAUAUCCAGAUGCAAUGCAAUGGAUUGAUGAAGCAUUGGUAUUGGCAAAAAAUAAUGAAGAAGAUGAUGUUGCUCAUUUAGAAUUGGAAUCAUUGGCAAAAUCGUAUGGUAAAUAUCGUGCCAAAUAAACGAUUUAUAUGAAGAUGAUUUAAAACAUUGAGGAGAAGAAUUAAAAGAAUUUGUCUGUUUUCGUUUCUUUCCAUAUAUAUUUGAUUUAAUUUGAUAAAAUUAUUAUUAUUC